AUGAAUCGCUUGCGUCACGUGACCCGCACGUGCUCCAACCGUCUCCCGGCUAUAACCCGCUACCUGGCAGACGCCACUUCCCUAAUAACAACCCCGACGCCCCUCCGCCACUCGUCUCCUCAUCUGCGCCGGCGGAUUUCUCGGUUCGAUUUUCUAUCCCCUUUCGAAAUCCUCCAAACGCUCCGAUCGAUCUCAAUCCCCUCCUCCACCCCUCUCGCGCUGGAUUCCAUGGGCUCCCCGGCAAAGGAAUCCGACCGCAUUCCUGACGAAGCGAGGAGGAUUCUCAAGUCGCUGGCGGCGGAGUGGAGCGACAUCGCAGACGCUGAGGCGCUGCAGGUGGUCCCCCUCAAGGGGGCCAUGACGAACGAGGUGUACCAGAUCAGGUGGCUCACGAAUGCCAGCCCCGGCGAGCCGCUGCCUAGAUCCAGGAAGGUGCUGGUCAGGAUCUACGGCGCCGGCGUCGAGGUUUUCUUCGAUCGCGAGAACGAGAUCCGUACGUUUGAGUUCAUGUCCAGGCAAGGCCAGGGCCCCAGGUUGCUCGGCCGCUUCUCCAAUGGACGCGUCGAGGAGUUUAUUCGAGCUAGGACUCUUUCCGCGGCUGAUUUGCGUGAUCCUGAGAUUUCUGCUCUUAUAGCAGCCAAAAUGAGUGAAUUCCACAAGCUAGAUAUGCCUGGACCCAAGACUGUUGUCCUAUGGGGUAGAUUGCGCAAUUGGCUUAAGGAUGCCAAACGUUUGUCUCUGAAGGCAGAAGCAGAGGAGUUUCGGUUCAGUGUCCUGGAAGAUGAAAUAUCAGAGCUGGAAAAGAAGCUCUCAACCGAUCAUCAACUUGUUGGGUUCUGCCACAAUGAUUUGCAGUAUGGUAACAUAAUGAUGGAUGAAGUGACCAAAUCAAUAACCAUCAUUGAUUAUGAAUAUGCGAGCUACAACCAUGUAGCUUUUGAUAUUGCAAAUCAUUUUUGUGAGAUGGCUGCAGACUAUCAUACUGAAACCCCACAUGUCCUGGACUACAGUAAAUAUCCAGAUUUAGAGGAACGUCGAAGAUUCUUGUGUACCUAUUUGAGUGCUUCAGCUGCACUCAUAACCGCCACCUCCGCCGCCUCCUCCACCUCCGCCGCCGCCCCAAUCCCCGCCAACAAAACCCGCACACCCCCCAAACCCAAACUCUCCCCACCCACAGCUCCACCGCCGCGGACACCCUCUCCUCCGCCACCCGCGGACAUCCAAGGAACGCACCUCAACAACAUCAUCGAUGCCCUAAUCGGCGCUGGCGACUUCGCCGGCUGGGCCAACCUCCUCUCCGGGUCCGACCCACAGUCCCUCCCCCUCACCGCAACCUUCUUCAUCCCUGGAAACGACGCCGUCUCCAACCUCUCCGCCGGCGCCGGCAAAACGCCCCUGGACGCCUUCCUCAUCCCCUACCACAUCGUCCCCCAGCGCCUCACCUUCUCCGACCUGCGGCGGCUCCCGGCCCGCACGCGCCUCCCCACUCUCCUCCGCGCCAAGUACAUCGUCGUCACCAACAGCUCGCCGGAGAAUUUCGCCGUCGACGGCUCGCAGGUGACCCACCCCGACGUUUUCUUGAACUCUGUUUUCUCGGUGCACGGCGUCAGAAAGCUCCUCGAUUACUCAGUCUACGGCGACGGCCGCAUCCCUUCUCCUCCACCACCGCCGCCGCCGUCCGCUCAUGGGCUGCCGGAAGGAAAAAACCCUUCUUUUCCCGGCGAGGGUAACGUGAUAUCUGGGGCCGCUUUCUUGUGCAGUUGGGUUUGGAAUCUUUUUCCAGCGGCUGUUUGUGCUUCUCUUCUUCUGCUCGAGAUUUAUUGGGAACUCGCUUGA